AUGUCGUCUUACUACGGAGACAGAUCAAGGGAUGUGCCAUCAUGGGAGUCUCUCGAAGCACCAGAUGAAGAUGAUAUAGUAGAUACAUCCGAGUACGCCUAUGCGUCUCGGGAUCACAUUUUAUUCUGUAUCGAUGCCUCAAAAUCCAUGCAAACCCCUUUUUCCGAUACGACCAACGAUGAUGGCGAGUUAGUCAGAGGUAAAACCGCGUUACAUCAAGCUUUGGAGGCUGUCGUGAAGAUCCAGAGGAGCAAGGUCAUCACUGGUCCGGCGGAUAGUGUAGGAGUGUUAUUAUGGAACAUUGAUCCUGGAAACACACCUUCAUCCUCUCAAGCAUCUUACAAACCGGGUACACAGGUAUACCAGAACCUCCGAACAAUUAACGCAGAGGAGAUCAAACGAAUAGUCAAGCUCAUGGAAAGGGCAAAAGAUCAGUAUGACGCUCAAGGGAAAGACGAGGAUGUUAAGACAGAACAACCGGAAGUGUUCAGCGAAACAUUUCCACCGUGCGACCAGAGCGAAGAGAUGAAUAUCGCGGAUGUACUGGUCACUUGCAAUUUCCUGUUCAGAGAUGCUGGAACCAAUCUGGCAGGAAACAAGCGUGUGUUCCUUGUGACUGAUAACGAUUAUCCACCUGGAAGUAAGAUGAACAGAGAACCUGCUAGGACGGUAUACGGCGACCUCUCCUCGUACGGCAUAUCAAUAAAUACAUUUUUCGUCGAUAGACCAGAUCAUAAAUUCAAUCCUACUUUAUAUUGGAAUGAUAUCUUGCAACGCGAGCCAGACCAGAAUGCUCCUGAAGAGGAUGCACCACCCGAUGCGGAUGGUCUAGCAGAAUUGGCGGAAGUCAUGAAUGAUCUGGUGAUUAGACAUGCACCAAAGAGAGUUCAGUUUAGUAUACCACUCAAAUUUGGAGGGAAAGAAGGCGAGAUUGAGAUUGGUAUAAGCGGGUAUGCCAUGGUGUCCACUCAAGGGAAAGGUCAACCUAAAUUAGUUAGAAUGCGAGGUCAGACGGUGGAGGAAGUUCAGAUAAAAUCGGAAUACACCUCAGCUGAGACAGGAGCGGUACUCAAAGAUACCGAAAUUGGACAAGCCUUCCAAUUUGGUAAUGAAUCUACCGUAAAGAAUGUGAUAGAACCGAAUUGGUGGGAAAGUGCAGAACAUCAAGUAGAACAACAGAUGGUAGCUGAUGAAGUACUGAGAUUGGAUAAAGAGAGAAGGCAGAGGGAGGAUGAAGGUGGAGACGAAGAGGUACCAGGGGCGGAAGGCACACAGGGGAAGGAGAAACUGCACCUGGGUGAUGAGAAACCGAAAGUUGUUGCUAGGACUAGGCUGCAAUUCACCAAUGAUGAGGUAGCAGAGUUCAAGUCAAUGGGACUCAAGCCUCAGAUCAAGAUCCUCGGUUUCCAAAGUCCGGAUCAUCUUGCUUUCGAAGAGAAUCUGAAACAUUCAUAUUUCAUUUACCCUAAUGAGAAUGAAUAUACCGGCUCCACUCGAACGUUUGCUGCCUUGCUCAAAUCUUGCAUCAAGUUCAAUAAACAUGCCUUGGCAUUAAGCAGAUUUCGAACCAAUACACAACCUGAAUUUUGCGUAUUGAUACCUCAGGAAGAGAGUUUAACGAAAGAUGGAGGACAAGAUCAGCCGCCAGGGUUCCAUGUGAUCAUUUUGCCUUUUAGGGAUGAUAUCAGGAGACCACCCAAAAAUAUGAUCGAGAAUCUGCUGGCCUCCGAUCGUCAAGCUAAACUCAUGUCUAAUAUCGUCAAGCGAUUGAGGAUCAAAGCCGGUCAUUAUAGAUCAGAAGCCUACCCUAACCCUGCUCUCGCAUACCAUUAUGCUCAACUUCAAUCUCUCGCUUUCGAAGAAGAUUUCGACCCUUCAUCAACAGCAGGUCAAGAUCUCGAUAAGACGUUUCCUAAAUGGUGGGGUAUGCACAAAGCCGCUGGAGAAUUCAUGUCUGAGUUCAACAAGUCGAUCGAGGAGGAUGAUAGAGCUGUUGAGUCUCUCAAAGGAGGCACCAAGCGAAGUACCAAAGCUGCUGCCGAGGAGGAGAUUGAUGAGGCAGACUUGAAGGACUUGAGAGGGUUAUGGAAGUUGGAUAAACUAGAUAAGGCGAAAGUUCAGGAAAUUAGAGAUUAUGCGAAAUUCCAUAAAAUCUCGCUCAACGGUAAAACCAAGAAAGCCGAUAUGGUAGGGAUAUUAUCAUGGUACUUCCAGAACGAGCAGACAGAUGAUACGAACGGGAAGAAGAAGAGCAAGAAGUAG